AUGAGCGACGAGACGCCCGCAGAGCGCGUCAGCCGGUUCCACGAACACACCAACACCAACAGCAGCAUCCGCGCGCCGCCAGACGAGCUGUGGAAGGACGUCGGCAUCGAGCGCCUGCUGGACAAGUUCAGCGACGAGAACGACUCGACGCCUGCCGUGCGCCGGCCAUACCACCCGCGCAAGAUGAUGGCGCCCACCGGCCACCGCAAGAGCCCCUCGACGCCCGCCGCGCGCAAGCAGAGCGAUGCCGCGGCCACGGUCGCCACGGCCGAGGGCACGUUUGGCCGCUUCGGCCGCGUCUUCGCCAACGUCUUCGGCGGCGUGCUGGGCAAGCGCAAGGCGGGCCUCGACGACGCCGCGCCUGAGCCACGGCCCGACGCGGCGCAGGCGGCGCUGGAUGAGCGCAAGCGGGCCGCCGAGGAAGCGUACCACGUCGCGAAGGCGCAGGGCUUGCUGCCCGCGCCCAAGGUGUUUGUGCGGCCGGGCACGGCGCCGCGCGCCUGGUCGGCUGAUGGUCCAGCGAGCGGGCCGAGACGGCGCGCGCCCCCGACCCCGCGCACGCCCGGAAGCGUCGCAAGAAGUCCGUCGAAGAAGGACCUCGGUAGGCAGGAGAAGCUGUCCCGGCGCGUCAGCAGCCUGGAGCUCAAGCUGGCGAGCGCGAAGAAGGAGCUCCAGUCCGUGCUCGCAAACGAGUGCAUCCCCGCCGUCCCGCCGCUGCCCGCACACGUCUCCACCGACGACGCGGCGCCGCUCAGCCCGUCCUUCGCCGACGACGGCCGCGUCUCGCCCGUCCCCUCGCGCCAGCCCAGCCUGAAGCGUGCCAGGCGCGACGCGUCUACGCGGCUGAAGCGCACGAGCAGCCGCCUGAGCCGGAAGGUGUCGCGCAACAGCAUGCGGGAGGACAGGGAGGAGGAGCGGGUCGUGGUCAUCAAGCCGGGCGGCGCGGUGCCGCCCGUGCCGGCCAUACCACAAGACGCCACAGGCAGGCCGGCCAUACCACAAGACGCCACGGGCAGGCCGGCCAGGGUUUGCGGCGGCGGCGGCGGCGGCGGCGACGACGACGACGACGGGUACGGCGGGCUGGGGCACGAGAUGUUCUGA